GCCUUACGUGGGCGUGGCCUGGCGCUGGCACCGCCCGCCCCCGCCGCGCGGCGGUCAGUCAGUCAGUCAGUCAGGCAGGCGGGCGGCGGCGGCGGAGCGGCUCCGCCGGGCUGAGGAGCGGACGCGGGGAGGCGGCUCGGGAUCGCGACACAAUGAGGCGAGUGGUACGACAGAGCAAAUUUCGCCACGUGUUUGGCCAAGCGGUGAAAAACGAUCAGUGUUACGACGACAUCCGCGUUUCCCGCGUUACUUGGGAUAGCUCCUUUUGUGCAGUAAACCCCCGAUUUGUUGCAAUAAUUGUAGAUGCUAGCGGUGGCGGAGCCUUCCUGGUGCUGCCUUUGCACAAGACAGGCAGAAUUGACAAGUCCUACCCAACAGUGUGUGGCCACACAGGACCGGUGCUGGACAUAGACUGGUGUCCUCAUAAUGACCAGGUCAUCGCCAGUGGCUCUGAGGACUGCACCGUCAUGGUGUGGCAGAUUCCCGAGAAUGGACUCACCCUGUCCCUGACGGAGCCGGUGGUAGUGUUAGAAGGCCAUUCCAAGAGAGUCGGCAUCGUGGCUUGGCAUCCGACGGCACGCAACGUGCUGCUCAGUGCAGGUUGUGAUAAUGCAAUCAUCAUCUGGAAUGUGGGAACAGGUGAAGCCCUCAUAAACCUGGAUGACAUGCACGUCGAUAUGAUUUACAAUGUGAGCUGGAAUCGCAAUGGCAGCCUAAUCUGUACAGCUUCCAAAGACAAAAAAGUUCGAGUUAUUGACCCCAGGAAACAAGAAAUUGUUGCUGAGAAAGAGAAAACCCAUGAAGGAGCCCGGCCCAUGCGAGCCAUUUUCCUCGCUGAUGGAAACAUCUUCACAACUGGCUUCAGCCGCAUGAGCGAACGGCAGCUUGCUCUUUGGAAUCCAAAAAACAUGGAGGAACCAAUAGCCCUUCAUGAGAUGGACACCAGCAAUGGAGUCCUGCUGCCAUUCUACGAUCCAGAUACCAACAUUAUUUACUUGUGUGGCAAGGGUGACAGCAGCAUUCGCUACUUUGAGAUCACGGACGAAUCCCCCUACGUUCACUACCUCAACACCUUCAGCAGCAAAGAGCCGCAGAGGGGCAUGGGGUUCAUGCCAAAGAGGGGCCUUGAUGUGAACAAGUGUGAGAUUGCCAGGUUCUUCAAGCUUCACGAGAGGAAGUGUGAGCCCAUCAUCAUGACGGUUCCUCGAAAGUCGGACCUCUUUCAGGAUGACCUGUACCCUGAUACAGCUGGCCCAGAAGCAGCUCUGGAAGCAGAGGAGUGGUUUGAGGGGAAGAAUGCCGAUCCCCUUCUCAUCUCCUUGAAGCAUGGGUACAUUCCAGGCAAGAACAGGGAUCUCAAGGUGGUCAAGAAGAACAUACUGGACAACAAGCCUGCCGCGAACAAGAAAAGUGAUCUCAUAAAUGCUCCAAAGAAAGCAGCUGAUGCCUCAAACUCUCAAAACGAAGCCAAAUUGGAUGAGAUCUUGAAAGAGCUGAAAUCUAUAAAAGACACGAUCACCAACCAAGACGAGCGCAUUUCCAAGCUGGAGCAGCAGAUGGCAAAGAUCGCGGACUGAGCGGGGCGAGCGGCGCUGGCCCCGCCGCCAGCCCAGGCACAUUCCAGUUCCCCAGUUCGGCAAGCAGCAGCGUGCAGCAUUCCAGUACGAGCUUUCCUGUUCUCCUAAAUUCACGUCAACGAGAGCCGAUGAUUAAAAGCCAAGCUUUUUAGUGAAAAGAUUUUUUUUUCCCCCCCCUGAUGUUUUAAUGAAUUUAUGUGACUGUGUCAAACAAGUCAAAAAGAAUAAGUGCUACUUUUACAGUAUUUUUUUUUUUUCUUCCAGAUGUUAUGAAUUCUUCAAAAACAAAUCCAUUCUGACUUUCAAUGUUGUGCCCAAAUAUCUUUUUCUAGAUUUAGGGACCAAUGCCACCUUGUUCUUAACCAUUUUUUUUAAAGUUGCCAAAAAAAAAAAAAAAAAAAGAA